CGGUGCUGUGGGCCGCGGGGCCGGGCCUCGCCUCGCCGCCGGCAGCCGGUGCUGUCCGUGCGCCGAGCCAUGCGGGUGUGCGCUGCAGGACGCUGCUAGGAGCCGAGCCCGCCCGGCCCGGUCUCCCCCUCCGGUGCCCUCCACGCCCGCAUGGCAGUGCCGCGGCGGUGACCGUCUCGGAGAAGGUCCGCGUCCCUCGGACGGGCGGCUCUCGGGGUCUCUCAGCCCACGGGGCCGUCCCUGAGGUGAGGAAGAGUGCAUGGUGCUUGUCAAAAUGAGAAAGUGACCAUCAGCGCCUGGCUUGGUGUUCCAGAGCCACCUGGAGCCAGUGCUCAGCCCAGCUGAAGCCGGAGAAGGAAGGAGGAGAAGCACAGCCUGAUCAGGAAUGUUCACCCUUGCGGAAGUUGCAUCACUCAAUGACAUCCAGCCAACUUACCGGAUCCUGAAACCAUGGUGGGAUGUAUUUAUGGAUUAUCUAGCUGUUGUCAUGUUAAUGGUUGCCAUUUUUGCUGGAACCAUGCAGCUGACCAAAGACCAGGUGGUCUGCUUGCCAGUUCUGCAGUCUACUGUAAAUACAAAGCCACAACCCAGCACGUCAGGGAAGGCUGACUUCACCACUGUUGAAACAACCACUGGUCAAGGAGAAGUAACAUCAAUGGGAACGGUUUCUUUUGGAAGUGCCCCUACUGUAACACCUGAUGUACUUCUGAGCAGAGCUACCUCUUCUCAGUAUCAACCCACUGAAUCAGGCCAGGAGCUGAAAAAGGAACAGAAAGAUUCCUCAGGCCGUAAAACCAAUUUGGAUUUUCAGCAAUAUGUAUUUAUUAACCAGAUGUGCUAUCAUUUGGCUCUUCCUUGGUAUUCUAAGUAUUUUCCCUAUCUUGUUCUCAUCCAUACUAUCAUUUUAAUAGUCAGUAGCAAUUUUUGGUUCAAAUAUCCCAAGACUUGCUCAAAAAUUGAGCAUUUUGUGUCUAUAUUAGGGAAAUGCUUUGAGUCCCCUUGGACUACCAAAGCCUUGUCUGAAACAGCAUGUGAGGACUCGGAGGAGAACAAACAGCGGUUAACUGGUGCCCAGUCCCUACCCAAGUAUGUUUCCACUAGCAGUGAUGAAGGAAGCCCAAGUGCCAGCACUCCCAUGAUAACUAAGUCUGGCUUCAAGUUUUCAGCUGACAAGCCAAUGAUUGAGGUUCCCAGCGUCACUAUCUUAGAUAAGAAAGACGGAGAGCAAGCCAAAGCACUGUUUGAAAAAGUGCGUAAGUUCCGAGCUCACGUGGAGGACAGUGAUCUGAUUUACAAGCUGUACGUUGGCCAGACUGUCAUCAAGACUGUCAAGUUCAUAUUUAUUCUCUGCUAUACUGCAAACUUUGUCAACACCAUCAGCUUUGAACACAUCUGCAACCCAAAAGUGGAACACCUGAUUGGUUACACCCAGUUUGAGUGCACACACAACAUGGCUUACAUGUUGAAGAAGCUGCUCAUCAGCUAUAUUUCCCUCAUUUGUGUCUAUGGCUUUAUCUGCCUCUACACCCUUUUCUGGCUGUUCCGAAUACCUUUGAAAGAAUAUUCCUUUGAGAAGGUCAGAGAAGAGAGUAGCUUCAGUGACAUUCCCGAUGUCAAGAACGACUUUGCAUUUCUCUUGCACAUGGUAGAUCAGUACGACCAGUUGUAUUCCAAGCGCUUCGGUGUCUUUCUGUCAGAGGUAAGUGAAAACAAGCUACGGGAAAUCAGUUUAAACCAUGAGUGGACUUUUGAGAAGCUGCGGCAACACGUUUCCCGCAAUGCCCAGGACAAGCAGGAGUUGCACCUCUUCAUGCUGUCGGGGGUCCCCGAUGCCGUGUUUGACCUGACAGAUCUGGAUGUAUUGAAACUGGAGCUGAUUCCUGAAGCUAAAAUCCCAGCGAAAAUCUCCCAGAUGACAAAUCUCCAGGAGCUUCACCUGUGCCACUGCCCUGCCAAGGUUGAGCAGACUGCAUUCAGCUUCCUGCGGGACCACUUGAGAUGCCUUCAUGUGAAGUUCACAGAUGUUGCAGAGAUUCCUGCGUGGGUGUACCUGCUCAAAAACCUCCGGGAGUUGUACUUGAUAGGCAACUUGAACUCUGAAAACAAUAAAAUGAUAGGGCUCGAAUCCCUCAGAGAGUUGAGGCACCUGAAGAUUCUCCAUGUGAAGAGCAAUCUGACCAAAAUCCCCCCCAACAUCACAGAUGUGGCCCCACAUCUGACAAAGCUAGUCAUUCAUAAUGACGGCACUAAGCUUGUGGUACUCAAUAGCCUUAAGAAAAUGACUAAUGUCGCGGAGUUGGAACUGCAGAACUGUGAACUGGAGAGAAUUCCCCACGCCAUCUUCAGCCUCUCUAACUUACAGGAACUGGAUUUAAAGUCAAACAGCAUACGCACAAUUGAAGAAAUCAUCAGUUUCCAGCACUUAAAAAGAUUGACUUGUUUAAAGCUGUGGCACAACAAAAUAGUCAACAUUCCUUCCUCCAUUACCCACAUAAAGAAUUUGGAGUCUCUUUAUCUCUCCAAUAACAAACUCGAAUCCUUAUCAGCUGCAGUGUUCAGUUUACAGAAACUAAGGUGUUUAGACGUGAGCUACAACUCCAUCGCGUCAAUUCCAGUGGAAAUAGGGUUGCUUCAAAACCUGCAGCAUUUCCACAUCACGGGCAACAAAGUCGAUGUUUUGCCAAAACAGUUGUUUAAAUGUGUUAAAUUGAGGACUUUGAGUCUGGGACAGAACUGCAUUACCUCAAUCCCAGAUAAAAUAAGUCAACUGCUGCAGCUGACUCACCUGGAACUGAAGGGAAACUGCUUGGACCGCUUGCCAGCCACGCUGGGGCAGUGUCAGCUUCUCAGGAAAAGCGGGCUCAUGGUGGAGGAUCACCUCUUUGAUGCGCUGCCCUCAGAAGUUAAAGAGGUGUUGAACCAAGACACAAGCAUUCCCUUUGCUAAUGGGAUCUAGGUGGAGGUGAAGUGCUCUCUGGUAGCUGACUUCUAAAUGGCAUAUGCUAAACAGUAUGGCGAUUGCGAGACCAUGCGGAGGAAGGACUGCUCUAGCAGGGUUAGAAGAGGUGUAACCAAGUGUUCAAUGUUUGCAGUGUUUAGAAAGAUUAUUUCCAAGAUUUUGGAGAGGAUAAUGAACCUGAAUAAUCUCAAUUCCUUUUUUUUUUUUCUCUCCCCUUAAAUUGUUUGUAACAUGGAUGCUGCCGCUUUUGAAUGUUUACAAAUUUGCUUGCCUGCUUAAAGUAAAUGAUUAAAUUGAUGACCUUUUCUUACUA